AUGGUACACAAAUGCUUUUGGUUUCUUAAUCGCUAUGACAAAGAUCCAAGACAAUUUAAAAAUGAAGAGCGUGUUUAUUUGAGUAAUUUUGGUAUAAAUGUCGUUAGUGAAGUAUUAAAAGAAGAGUUAUCGUCGCUGAUAGAGCAAAAAGGUGCAUUCAUCUUUUCUAUCUCUCACGAAUUAAGAACUCCUCUUCAUAGUAUUUUAGCUAAUUGUGAAUUAAUGGAAGAAAGCAAGUUAAGUGAAGCUCAAGCUGAAUUGGUUAAAACAAUACAAGAUUUUGCGAAAUUAGAAAAUGAAAAAAACAAGAUUACGUUGAAGAUCCAAUCAACCAAAAGAAAUUAG